AUGAGAGCAGCAAUACCAGGAUGCCGUAAAUUUAAUGAGAAUGAAGUGGGCCGCUUCGAUCUCUUGUACGAAACGAAUGGCCUUGCUUUGAGAAAUCGCGAGUCAAGUGCGAAAUUUGAAAAUGAAAGUGGCGAUGAAACCGAUAGGGAGCAAGUGAUCAGUGGGCGACCUUCGCAGCAACCAGGUUUGCGAACCUUUUUCACACGGAUUCACUGAGG